GUCUCAUGCCGACUUCAGCGAGGAGUGCAAGUCUUACAAGUCGACUCUCUUCUUGCCUGCCAGCACACAACACAACACAACAUAACGACACAACACCACACAACACAACACGACACAACAUAACACGACACAACAUAACACGACACAACGCAACACAACGCGACACAACACAACACGACACGACACAACAUAACACGACGCGACACAACACAACAUAACGCGACACAACACAACAUAACGACACAACACCACACAACACAACACGACACAACACAACACGACACAACACAACGCGACACAACGCGACACAACACAACGCGACACAACACAACAUAACACGACACAACGCGACACGACACAAAUCCCAACAGAAGAGGACUAUGUGUAUGAGUGCACGGGAGCACAAUGGCGGAGGCCGGCGGUGCUCUUGAAGAACUCCAAUCAGAACUCACCUGUCCGGUGUGUUUGGAGCUCUUCCGCCAGCCGGUCAUCUUGGAGUGUGGCCACCACUUCUGCCGGGCCUGCAUCGCCCAGUGCUGGGAGGCCAAGGCGGACGAACAGGCGACUUGUCCCAAGUGCCGCAAGACUUGCGGCCGCCACCUGCGACCCAACUCUCUGCUGUGCAACGUGGUGGAUAGUGUCCGUCGAGCCCGGGCCAUGGACGCCGCCGCCGGGGUCUCGCUGCUGCCCGGCUCCGACCACCCGGAUGGUCUGCCCGAGGAGCUGGAGGAGCGGGAGGCCGGCUCGAGCAUGGGCAGCGUGGCUUCAUCCAUCGGCCUCUGGCCGCGUCUUUAUGGGCCGGACGUGUGCGAGGAGCAUGAGGAGAAACUGAAACUUUACUGCGAGGACGACCAGCUGCCCAUCUGUCUGGUUUGCGGCAUGUCGAGGGACCACAAGACGCACAAUGUCAUCCCCAUCAACGAGGCCUUUGACAACUACAAGGAUAAGCUGUCCGUGGCUCUGGAGAGAGUUCAGCUCCAGUCAGAGGAUGCCUCACUUUUCCAAAAACAAACCAAUGAGAAAAUCCUUCUCAUCAAGGAGCGAGCUGGUGAUUUGGAUGAGCAGAUCACUGCGGAGUUCCGUCAUCUGAGGGAGUUCCUCCAGGAGGAGGAGGAGCGUGUUAAGGAGAAGGUGCAGAAGCAGAAAGAGGAGAAGGUGAGGCAGCUGGAGGAGGCGCUGACUGAGGCCGCGCAGCAAAGCACUCGGCUGGAGAACACGGUGGAGCAGCUGCAACUCAAACUGCUGGAGGAAGACAACCCUGAGCAACUGAAGGGGAUUAAAGACUUCAUUGGAGGGGCCAUGAGUUUGUUUGAGCGCCCCCCAGAGGUGAGUGAGGACCUGCAGUCAGGAGAGUUUCUGGGACCUCUGCAGUACAGGACCUGGAGGAAGAUGAGCAAGGUUUUUCAGCCAGCGGUGACAGCAGUGGUCCUGGACCCGGACACGGCCUACCCCUGCCUGUGGGUGUCCACCUGUGGCACCAGCGUGCAGGUGGGCAAACUCCAGCCCAACCUGCCCAACAACCCGGAGCGCUUCACUCGCUACAACAUCGUCCUGGGCACCCGGGCCUUCUCGGCGGGCCGCCACUACUGGGAGGUGGAGGUGGGCUCCAAGACGGCGUGGGGUCUGGGCGUGGCUCAGGCCUCCGUGGACAGGAAGGAGGAGGUCAACCUUUGCCCCCAGGACGGCUUCUGGACCGUGGUGCUGAGGGACAACGGGGACGGCACGUGCGAGUACGAAGCCUGCAUGGACUCGGAGGAGGACGGCUUGUUGUAUCCCUCCAAGCCUCCUCGGCGGGUGGGGGUCUUUUUGGACUACGGCCGCGGACAGGUGGGCUUUUACGACGCCGGGGACAUGAGCCACCUGUUUACCUUCUACGGUGCCAACUUCAAAGAGCCGCUUUUCCCUUACUUCAACCCCUGGCCCAUUAUGAACGGAUACAACCGGGAGCCUCUCAGCAUCGUCACACCACACUGGCAUUAGAUGCACACCUACUUAUGUACAUCCUCUCAGCAUCGUCACACCACACUGGCAUUAGAUGCACACCUACUUAUGUACAUCCUCUCAGCAUCGUCACACCACACUGGCAUUAGAUGCACA